AUGCCUAAGCGAAGGUGCGUAUUUACUCCCAGCUUGAAAGUUGAAUUUCCGUUUUUAAGAGAUAGUGAUGAAAUCGGAAAAGUUUUAUGUAUUGUAUGUAAAUCAGUUUUUUCAAUAGAAAACGGUGGUCGUUCAGAUAUUACACAACAUGUUAAACAAAAGAAACAUUUAUUGGCCGUAUCAAGCAGUUCUUCAAAUAAGGUAACGAAUUUUUUCACUAAUGUACAGUCAACAAAUGAAAGCAAAUGUAUUGCUGUGGAAGAGGGUCUUUUUGGAUAUCAUACUAUUAUACACAAUCAUUCAUUCAGGUCUAUGGAUUGUUCAACAUCAAUUAUAAAAAAAAUUUACGAAAAAAAAUUUUCGUGUGCUCGUACAAAAUGUGAAUCUAUAAUUGUGAAUGUAAUAGCUCCUUUUGCCAUUCAACAGAUGUUAGAUGAACUAAAAUCCGUUAAAUUUUUAACAAUUAUGGUGGACACGUCAAACCAUAAAAAUUUAAAACUGGUUCCAAUUCUGAUUCGAAAUAUUUCCGGUAUUGGCUGUGCUGCUCAUAUUCUGCACAAUGCUAUGCAUAGUAGUGCUGAUAUUUUGCCAACUGACAUUGAACUCAUAAUUAAUAAAAUAUUUCAGUAUUUUCAUAUUUAUACAGUUCGUAUAGAAAAAUUAAAGGAUUUUUGCGAUUUUGUUAGUAUUGAGUACAAAAAUAUUUUAGGAUCUGUAAAAACGCGUUGGUUAUCUCUACAGCCAGCUGUUUCUAGAAUAAUAGAUUUAUAUCCUGCAUUGAAAUCAUAUUUUAUGUCACAAGAAAAGUGUCCUACAGUUUUAAGAACUUUUUUUAAUGAUCCUAUAUCCAUGGCAUGGUUAUAUUUUGUACAAAGUCAGUUGAAGGUGGUAUGUGAUACAAUAAAAAGGAUAGAAGGUGAUCAUAUAUCAGCAGGCGAGGUGUAUGAAGAAAUUGAAGUGUUAUGUGGUAAAAUAAAAAAUCGGAAAAAUCAACAUUUUUUUACAUCAGAGCUAGCUCAACUUAUUUCAGAUCUUGAUAAGAACAAACUGUACAGUGAAAAAAAGUUUAUUGAGAUAACUGAUGAGUUUUAUGACACGUUUUUAUCGUACGUGGAAAAAUGGGGAUAUCACUUUGAACCACUAAAAGUUUUUCGUUGGAUUCAAGUACUAGAUUUUCCAAUUUGGAGUGACAUUCAAGAAAGUUUUAAAUAUAUUAUUAAGAAUAAUCCAACAUUGAAAUUCGAUGAAGAUGAACUUUUUGACGAAUUUAAUCAUGUGAUAAAUGUAAUGAAGGUUAAAAUGCAAAACUGGAAAAAUGAGUAUUCGAUGGCUAUUCCAGGAACUAACGCGUCGGUAGAAAGAGUAUUUUCAAUUACAAAUGUUUUAUGGACAGAUGAGAAAAAUCGAUUUCUUGUGGACACAAUUAGAUCGAUAAUAAUCGUAAAACAACAUUUUAAAAAUGUUUCAUGUACAGAAUUACAUACAUUUCUUUUAGAACAUCCACAAUUAUUAAAACUAAUUACUUCUUCAGAAAAGUAUGAAAAAUCAAAUAGUGAAGACAUCUCUGAACAAUCGUCAUCAAAAUGA